GCGAAAUCGGAACAAAAAAAUAUUACACAAACGUAUAUUUUUAAUUGGCAACUCAAAAGGUCAAGCUCAGCUUCGACUUUGACCGCGUAGUGUGCUUUCGUGGCAUUUUGUACACGUGUAUAUAGACGUGCGACCAGGUGAACACACAAACAUACAUACACACAUAUGUGUGUGUGUGUGAGUGUUAUGCUGUAAAAGUAACAACGCAGCUGUGAUAAAAGCCCUACCCGAAAAGCCUUAAAUGUGGCUUUGGGAUUAUAUUAUGCUAAUAAAACAGCGGCAGGCGGUGCGUCGUAAUGUUCGAGUGCCCGUGGUCUAUAUUGGCUCAGGUGCCGCCGCAUUCUGUGCGCUCUAUCUGAUAUUUGGCUGGGGCGCUCAGCUCUUGUGCAAUAUUAUUGGUGUUAUGUAUCCGGCGUAUGUGUCCAUUCAUGCCAUUGAAUCAAGUACCAAGCAGGAUGACACCAAAUGGCUAACGUACUGGGUGACCUUUGGCAUAUUCACAGUCAUUGAGUUCUUCUCCCACGUUCUGACCCAAGUCAUACCCUUCUAUUGGUUAUUAAAAUGCGGAUUCCUUAUUUGGUGCAUGCUCCCGAUGGAGAACAAUGGAUCUGUUAUCAUCUACAACAAGCUGGUGCGACCAUAUUUCCUUAAACAUCAUGCAUCUGUCGACAAGAUCAUUGAUGAUGGCAUGCGGAAGGCGGGCAGUGUGCUAAAAAAUGACUAAAUUUGUCAUUUGGACUAAUUCGCUUCCUUAAGCAUUUGUAGCUGCCGCAUCCAGGAAGGGCCUCACGCCAAAUUUUAUCUUCGAACACUUUUGUCCAUACUAUUUAAAUUUAUACUUGAUUGUUGUUAUGGCACAUGCCGCGUGGUUUUGAAAACCCCUCCAAUUGAUGAUAUAUAUUAUUAUACAUGCA